CGCGACAGAGCGUGUGUAAAAUGGCACAGGACACCGACGACAUCAACCUCACGCCGCAGGAAUUGCAGACGCUGUCGGAGCUGGACAGCCGGCAGUUCGGUUUCCUCAAGCUCAACUCUCCGGAGCAGGCGAAGAGGAAGGCCUUGGUGAUGCGUGCCAUCAAAUACUUGGAGCGUAUGCUAGUUCAGGCCCAGACGGAGAAACAGCGCAGGAAAGUUGAUAGUACAAAAGGGUGCUCGGAUGACUUCAAGGAGAAUGAGGAUGAGGAUAAGGGAAUAAGCAUCGAUCCCAAGACGUAUUGCAAGUUGGGACACUUUCAUCUACUUUUAGAAGAUUAUAGCAAAGCAAUGUCGGCGUAUCAGAAAUUCUACUCCUUAAAAGGUGACUACUGGAAGGAUGCUUCAUUUCUAUAUGGACUGGGUCUCGUUUACUUCCACUUCAAUGCCUUCCAAUGGUGA